AUGAAGGUUUCAGCACAGCAGUGGACACGCAGUGAGAGCCACAUACCUCAAACACAGCCAGACACCUGCUGCCAAACAAGAGGAGAAGACGACGAUGAAGAAGAAGAAGAGGAGGAGGAGGAGGAAGAGCCUGGAGCUGAAACAGAGCCGUGUUGUUCCCUUUUGAUCAGGCGGGUGGAUGAGCAGACCGCUGUGCUUCUCAGGACCUCGGGCCUUUAUUUGUCUUUUCUCUCUUUUUAUACAAAGAUGUUGACUCUAGACUGUAAUGAAAUCACACCUCACGUCCCGCUGUGCACUCUGGGAAGACGAGGAGCGAGAGAGCGGUUUCACAAAGCUACUGACAGGCUCAGCUGGAGCAGAUGUUGUCAGACGUGCUCAAAUGUUCAAGAAAAAUAA